AUGGAGAAAUACGAGCUAGUGAAAGAUUUAGGAGCUGGUAACUUCGGGGUGGCAAGGCUCUUGCGCCACAGAGAAACCAGAGAGCUUGUUGCCAUGAAAUACAUGGAGCGAGGUCUCAAGAUAGACGAGAAUGUGGCCAGGGAGAUCAUCAAUCACAGAUCGCUUAGGCACCCCAAUAUCAUUCUCUUCAAGGAGGUUGUUCUGACUCCAACCCACUUGGCAAUUGUGAUGGAGUAUGCUGCUGGCGGGGAGCUCUUUGAGUGGUUUUGCAGUGCGGGCAGAUUCAGUGAAGAUGAGGCUAGAUACUUCUUUCAACAACUGAUCUCUGGUGUUGAUUUCUGCCACUUCAUGCAAAUCUGCCACAGAGAUUUGAAGCUGGAAAACACACUUCUAAAUGGAAGCCCUGCACGUCGUUUGAAGAUUUGUGAUUUUGGAUAUUCAAAGUCAUCUUUGCUGCACUCAAGGCCCAAAUCGAUAGUGGGAACUCCAGCAUACAUAGCGCCGGAGGUUCUAUCCCGCAGAGAAUUAGACGGCAAGUUGGCAGAUGUGUGGUCUUGUGGGGUUACUCUCUAUGUUAUGCUUGUUGGAGCAUACCCUUUUGAAGACCAAAAUGACCCCAAGAACUUCUGCAAAACAAUCCAAAAAAUAAUGGUUGUUCAUUACAAGAUCCCCGACUAUGUGCACAUAUCUAAAGAGUGCAGACACCUGCUGUCUCGCAUAUUUGUAGCAAACCCACUGAAGAGAAUCCCCAUAAAGGAUAUUAAAAACCAUCCCUGGUUCUUGAAGAACUUGCCAAAAGAGAUGUCCGAGUCAGCUCAGUCCAUGUACUACAAGAGAGGGGAUGACCCGAAGUUCCGUGUUCAAAGCGUGGAGGACAUUAUGAAAAUCGUGACUGAGGCGCGGCAGAAGCCUACAUCGACGACUCCUGUCAAGGGCUUCGAGUGGGGCGGAGAGGAAGAGGAAGACAUUCAUGGAGAGGUAGAGGAAGAGGAAGAGGAAGAAGAAGAGGAUGAAUAUGACAAAAGAGUAAAGGAAGUUCAUGCUAGUGGGGAGUUUCAAAUCAAGUGA